AUGACCAAUUCGAUAAUAAACAAUAGUUUUUCUAGAUGUUCUAUUGAAUCAAAUAUUGAUUUUUGUAAAUCUAUAGAGGCUUUCGAAAUAAUUUGUCCAGAUAUUAGAUCAUGUUUGAAAUCAUUAUCAAAACAAAUUGAAGAACAUCCAAAUAUAGAUCAGGCUAUUGUUAAACUUUCUAAUGGUAUACAUAAUGAUUGUCCAGGUGAGAUAGAUGAAUCUGAUUUGCCAAAGUCAAAACAUCUUCAUUUCGUUGGUUCAAAAUUUAAUUCAUCUAUUUAUCAAUGUAGUAAUCAAUUUAUUGCUUUAAAUUUAGAUUAUUCUACUAGUAUAUCAUUUGAAAACAUAACAUUGAUUAAUAAGAACGGAAAAGAAGGUUUAAUAUCAUUGAUCUACAAUGGACAUAAUAAUAAUAAUAAUUCUACAAUAAAUGUUUAUUUUAAUAACAUCAAUGCUGUUCAAUCAAAGAAUGAAAAGAGUGGUGGAGGUUUUCUCUAUGCUAAAGGUUGCAAUGUAGAAGUUCGUAAUUCUUUCAUAUCAAACUCUCAAUCACUAUAUAGUGGCGGUGCUAUCUAUAUAGAUCCUGUCAAUCCUAUGAGCAAUCUUAACCUUGUCAAUGUCACAAUCGUAAACUGUUCAGCUUCUAGUCGAGGUGGAGCUAUCAUCACACCUAAUCUAAGUGUUUGGUCAUCUAAUUUUAUUAAUACUUCAUCGUGUGAUUCCGGUGGUGCAAUCUAUUCAUCCAAUAGUCUAUCGAUGUAUAAUGUUACAUUUCAACAAUGUAUAGUGGUAAGUUGUAAUAGUAAUAGCAACGGUAGUGGCGGUGCUAUUUAUACAACUGGACCAACAAAUACAAAGAUUACACAAUGUGAAUUUAAUCAAUGUGAGUCGUCAUUCGAUGGAGGUGCUAUUUAUUCUGAUUCCACUAUUAAGGUAAUGAGAUCAGAGUUCUACGGGAAUAGAGCUCAUCAUAAUGGAGGUAGUAUCUUCUCAAGUAAAUCAUUAUCUUUAACCACUGCAAGUAUAGAACUCUCAAAUGCUUUCGUCGACGGUGGUGCUAUCUAUGUAGAAAGUGACCUACUUAUGGAUGAUGUCUAUUGUUUUAUGAAUAGGGCAAUCAAUAAUGGUGGUGCAAUUGCUAGUUCACCUAAAUCCACCUAUAUAAAUGUAACCAAUUCAAAUUUUGAAAAGUGCCAAGCAAAUAAAGGUGGUGCAAUCUAUGUUUAUAAAACAAACUCAUUAAAUUUAAAUGAGAUUAUCUUUGGACAAAACAAUGCAAAUCAGUCUGGAGAUAUCUAUAUUAGUGUCAAAAUUUGUUGUUCAGUAAUUACUGAUGAAUUAGAAAUAAACUAUAUAUGCACAAUGCAAGAUAAUUCUAAUAUAGCUGAAUCUAACGAUCUUAAUAAUAGUAAUAUUACAAAUGAUGAUGAUGAACAACAAAUAAUAAAUAAUAAUAAUGUUGGAAGUAGUAGUAAUACAAACUACUCUGACAUAUUCUUAAUAAAACAAAUAGAAAAACCAGAUGGAAUUGUAACAGGUGAAUCAAAUCUAUUAUCACAUUUUAAUCUAUUAAAGAUAUUCAAUGAUUUCAAUACAAAGCAUCUUUCAUCUACCUAUAAAUCAUAUGUAAAGAAUUUGCCUGGUGAUAAUUAUAUAAAAAGAGAGAAACAUCAUUCCUCAUCUUCAUCUUCAUCGGUCAACAACAAUAAUAAUAUACAGCAACUACAACAACAACAGAAUAUUUCAACAACACCAACACCAGGUACACCUACGAAUGCACUACUUUCACCUGGUCAACAACAGCAACAACCACAACAAGAUAUUACACAAUCUACAACUACGAUAUCAACAUCAUCGUCAUCGUCAAAGAAAGAGAAACCACCACAUAAAGUACAUGGUCUGUCAAAGUUGGUUGAGAAUGCCGAUUCUUCGAUGAUACAAGACGAUCAACAAGAAUUGAUCUUGCUGUCACUCUCAGAGACACAAAUGAAGGCGGCAUUUACACUGCUAGACGGUGGGUAUGUCCGACCAGAGAGCGAAAAGAAGAAACAUCGUAAACAUCGUCACGAGAAGAAGAAACGUAAGAAUCGUGACGGUGAGAACACAGUGGUUGUCGAAGAUGGAUCAUUGGUGCCACCGCCACUACACAAUAGCAACUCACUCAAUAACAGCGGUACUACAACAACAAGCAACAGUGGAGGCAGCGCAGGCAACGAAGAACGUCACAAACGAAAGAAAAAGAGUAAAAGAGAUCAUAAAGAUAAUGAUGGUCAACAUAUAGUAGUUGAACAUUAA